GUGCUGACGAGCCGUUGCUGGUGGAAACAGCUGGUGGUUUCUGUCAGAACACACUUCGGCUUCACAGUGAUAGCAGCGUUUAAACAGGAAUAAAAGUUACUAAUUAGAGUCAAAACUGAGUGAGUGCGUUUUGGUUUGAGUCUCCGCUGCUGUUCCACCAGACGCCGGGACAUGUCAUCCUGUCAACGCCACUUUAUCCAGCGCUAGUUGUUAAUUAACGAGAGCUAGCUUGGUAGCCGCAGACUAUAGUGACGCACGGAUAGCUCAACUAGCUAACUUUGUAGUCACCUAGCAACUAACCAUAGAUACACGUGUUCCGUCACCUGCAGACUAACUGUCAGCUGUCUGUUUCUUUCUGACAGUACAGGGGUGAGGUUUUUUGUUUUAACUCCAGCAUGACUCAUGUUCAUUAUAAAUUCUCCUCCAAGCUGAGCUACGACACGGUGGUUGUUGACGGCCCACGCAUCACGCUGAGGGAUCUGAAGAGGCAGAUCAUGGGCAGGGAGAAGCUCCGAGCCGCGGACUGCGACCUGCAGAUCACCAACGCACAGAGCAAGGAAGAGUACAAGGAUGAUGAAGGUUCGAUCCCCAAAGGCUCCUCCGUCAUCGUCAGGAGAAUCCCAAUCAUCGGAGCAAAGUCCAGCUCGAGCAAGACCCGCAACAUUGAGCGAUCAGACGGCCAGUCUCACCACGCCUUUGGAGCCUUCAAAGCAAUGGAGGACCAGAAUUCUUCCAGAGCCUUACCCUUUUUCUCCAAGAUGACUAACCUGGCAGAUGUGGACGGGUCAGAGGAGGAUAAGAUCAAAGUUAUGAUGAAUCAGUCCUACGACACCAUGAAUUAUAACAAGAAGUUUGGUACUGUACUUCCUGCGAACUACACCUGUUAUCGCUGUGGAAAUACUGGACACCACAUCAGGAACUGUCCCACCAGCGGGCAGGAUAAAUCCUUCGAGGCCCCUCUGAGAAUAAAGAAAAGCACAGGCAUCCCUCGCUCCUUCAUGGUGGAGGUGGACGAUCCCAGCAUAAAGGGGGCCAUGCUGACCAACUGUGGACGUUAUGCCAUUCCUUCCAUAGACAUUGCGGCGUACGCCAUCGGCAAGAAGGAGAGGCCUCCGUUCCUUCCACAUGAGCAGCCCAAGUCAGAAGAUGAGGAGGAUCCCAUACAUGAGGAACUCCUCUGUCUCAUCUGCCAUGACCUGCUGAGUGACGCUGUGGUCAUACCCUGCUGUGGAAACAGCUACUGUGAUGACUGUAUUCGCACCGCUUUACUGGAUUCAGAGGAACACGUCUGCCCCACUUGUAGCCAAUCGGACGUCUCACCUGAUACCUUGAUAGGCAAUAAAUUUCUCCGACAGGCUGUUGAAACUUUUAAGAAAGAAAGAGGCCACACUAAAAGUCUGAGAAAAGUGGGUGGUACCUCCCAAUCCCAAAAUCCAACCCCGACACCGAGCCCUGUCCCCACCCCACCCCCUCUCGCCGUGCAGAGCCAACCCCAGAAACUGCAGCUGCCGACCCACAGCCAGCAGGACCCUCUCCUGUACCGCUCACCGGCUGCAGACACAACACCAUCGUCUCAGGUGUGCGGGGCUCCGCCCACAGCAACAGGCCCCGCCUCUGCUCCCAACACGCAGGUGUGCGGGGCUCCGCCCACAGCAACAGGCCCCGCCUCUGCUCCCAACACGCCGAGCACAUCCCUCCAGCCUGUUCAAAGCCUCCUGGAGAUACCUGACAGAGAGGCUGAAGAAAAGACGUGGGAUGACUCAGCGGCUGCUGCCACCCCGUCUGUACCGGUUUCACCCAAAGACCCCACUGAUGCUCCAUCACAGCUGAUACCACUGGUGAAGCUGACUCCAAUGGUAGAGCAGCCCCAGACAGUCAGUGUGAAUCUACAGCAGCCCUCCGCAGGUCCAGCCUCAAGACCCUCUGUGCCAUCAAAGAGCUGGGAUAGCUCCUCUUCCUCUUCAGGUUGUCCCACUGGAGGCUGGAAUGAAUCCAACACCCAGCAGCUUCCUCCCUCCGUCUCUUCAUAUACAACUCCUCCUCCACCGCUCUUUCCCUCCCCCCACUUCCACUCAUUCCUCGCCGCUCAGCAACCUCUCGGCAUUUAUCCCCCUGGAUACCCACCUACCACGCCCGUCUGGACUCUCCCAAACCUCCAGGGUGCCCCCAUCCCUUCCCUGUGCCCCUCCACCCCUUCCCUGUGCCCCUCCACCUCUUCCCUGUUCCCCUCCACCCCCAUCCCUGCUCUCAUCCCCAAGGAGUGGUACAGGCAUCAGAGAAAGAAAAAGGAGAGGUCACCUCACAGAGGAUCUUCCCACAGAAGCUCCUCCACUCGUUCUAAUUCAAAGUCUUCUAAGACCAAGUCUUCUCGCUCCUACUCUCGCUCCUCAAGCAGGUCCAGGUCCCGGUCCCGGUCCAGGUCCCAAGGCAGAUCAAGGCCUCACUCACCUUACUCCAGCCAAAGAGACCCCCACACCCGCUCUCAUUCCUCCCGCUCCUAUAUCUACGGUUACAAACGUUCCCCCACACCGUCCUCCUCAUCUUCACCUCGAGUGGCUUACCAUUCCAGGCCCAGGUCACCGUCGGAUCACCGCAAAAAUAGCCAUCACAGUCGGCACCACAGCAAGAAAUCAGCUUCGAGCAGCUCCAGCUCCAGGAAGCGAGGAGAACAUCACCAGAGGGAAGCGGGAGGCUCGGGGGGGAGUUUAGCGAGUUACCCGUAUGCUCAGCACGCAAAUCAAAGCCUCAGCCUGGAGCAGGACAGAGAGCGCUACCUGCAGUACAAAGAGUGGUGUGAUAAAUAUUUCAGCAGCUACGUCGGCCACUUACACCAGCUGCCUGUCCCCCUCCUCAGUCUUCCUCCUCCUCCUCAGUGGUUGGACAGAGAAGGAAGCAGAAAUCCUGCUAACUCUAACUCUCACAACCAACUCCAAGGUCGACGCGCCGCCCGGAUGGGCGGCCGCUCCCCUCCGUCGCAGUCAUCCAGCGACAGCCGCUCCCCUCCGUCUCACUCUACACGUGACAGCCGCUCCACGCCAUCUCAGUCUUCACGUGACAGCCGUUCCACGCCCUCUCAGUCAUCCAGCGACAGCCGCUCCUCUCCAUCUCAUUCGUCCAACGACAGCCGUUCCCCUCCCUCUCAGUCGUCCAGCGACGGACGCUCCACGCCAUCAGAAGCCGGAGCUCAGCCGAGGGCGUAUCGGCAGAAGUGCACAGAGAAGUACAGCCGCCUGCCAGUCACACUUACAAAGGACAACAAGGAAGUGGAACUGCAAGAAGGAAGUAAAGAUGACAAGCAGCCGAUCACGAAGAAUUUGGAGAACCUCAGCACCUUAAAGCGUACGCAAAAGAGCAUAAAGAAACACAAGGAAGGAAGAGAAGAGGAGUCAUCAUCCCCUGAUGCUGCAGACUCAACAGAUGACUGCAGGAAGGACAAGAGGAGGCACAACACCGGACCGAAUAUCUGCAAGGAUGGCACACCAGCACGGGACAAAGCAACUGCUAGUAAUGCCUUAGAAUCAGUCCAACCACUCGCAAAACCAGAUAAAAGUUUGGAUAAAGACUAUAAAAGAAAAAGCAGAGAAGAACGAAAUAUGGAAAUAGAGAAAGAACGGAGAAGAAGCAAACAUUCAGACUCCAGGCGGGAUGUGGGGAGACAGCGCAAAGAAAAGCCCAGUAGAGAGGCACACAAGGUGGGUGCAGACAGACACCCUCGAGGCAGCAGAGCUUCUGACUCCAGAUCAGAGAAGAGUCGAAAAAGAAAAAGUGAGGACAUCGAGAGAAGUUCUGUGAAGGCUGAGAGCAGCAAAUGCCUGAAAACGAACACAACAGAGAACCCCAAAAGCCACAAGAGUGAAUCCCCGAAUCCAUUUGACAGAAAGAAGCCACAAACGGAGAAGAAAAAGGAGAGUAAAACAUGGCCUCUGACAGAGACAGACAUCUGGGAGGGAGGGAUAAAGGUGAAACCACAGAAGAAGAUAAGCAUCAACAUAAACCUGGAAGGAAACAGGAAGGAAGAGAAAACGGAGAGUGUCACAGGACAAACAAAGGAAGAAAUUGAGAAAGCUGGUGAUGGAGAGGAGGAGAAGUUAAACAGCGGAGAGACAGAAAUUGAAGCCAAUGAAAAGAAGGAAUCCAGCAGAGACGUGGACGAAGAAAAAAUAAAAGCGGAUGAAGGAGAGGCAAGACAGAAAUGGGAGAAAGCUACCUUCAGAGAUGAUAAGGAGGGAGAGAUGUUGGAGACAAUUUCAGUAGAGAAAAAAGACCUUGGAGAGAAGAACGAGGACUUUGACUUAUGUCUUAGUGCCCUCAGAGGAGUGGAGAAGGAGAGUAAAAAUCGGUGGGAUGAAAGAGACGGGAUGGAGGCCAGCAAAAGAGAUGAGGUGACACAUGACAAGAAGAGGAGCGCGAGGGGAGGAAAGGAAGGACAAUCGAUGGGAGAGUUAGUCGUAGGUACCCAGAAGGAGAGGGCAGAGGGAGAAAACAUAUGCAAAGAAGACAGAAGAAACCCACUGGGGGAGUCAAAGCCAAAGGAGGAGCUGAUGGAGGGAGUGAAGUGGAGGGUGAGGAAAGAAGAAGACACGAUGGAGUCACAGAGGAGCAGAAACGAGAGCCAACACGACAGAUCAAACACCACGGUGGACGAUGGCAGCAGCUACGACGAUCGUCAGGAGAGAAAGACAUUGGUGAAAACUCUGGAGGAAUACACCCAGGAGAGAGCUACAGACCGAGAGGACAAUCUCGUACUCGUACAGGUCCCUCGUUCCAAAUGGGAGAAGGAAGAGUCUGAGGAAGAAGAGCGGGAUGGAGGAGUGAUCAAAGUUCAACCGGAUGCUCUUACAACGUUUCUGCCGUCACCAUCCGUGUCUGUGACAGCAGAGACAACAACCAACAGGGAGACUGAAGAAAAGAGAGAGAGGUCAGUGGAAAUGGAGAGAGGAAAGGACAGGGAGAGAGAGAAAACCCCCAUUUUGUCCACUUCACACACAAGUGUGGCUCCCUCUACUGGCAAAGACAGAAGUGACAGCGCCUUGUGUACAGACAGAGAUGGGGAGAAAAGGAUGGAGAUGGAGAGAUGGAGCGAUAGAGAUAGAGGGAGGGAGAGGGAGAGGCAGAAAGAGAGCAAAAGAUCAAAAGAGCGAACCAAGGAGGAAGAGAAAGGGAGAGACAGGGGGCACAGCAGCGUUGCUUCAGCCCAAAAGAGGAAUCCCACUUCCUCCUCCUCCUCUCACUCCUACUCUUAUUCAAUGUCGCAUGACACAGAGAGGAGAGACAACAGCAGCAAGAGUUCCUCCUGUCCCAGCGGGAAAUCCUCCGGCGGUAGAAGCAGGGAAAGCAGAGCUACCGAAGUGCCUGAUCAAAACACCCACAAAUCAUGCAGAGACACGUUCCUGGACCAUCACCAAGAUCCUUCAGGGAACUGCAGACCUGCAGGGACCCACCAUUCCCUACCUUCCCUCUCUCAUAGCCAGGGUAAGGAGAGAGACUCACUCCCCUCUGGAUCAGAUCUGGGUAAACCCAGAAUGAGCAGCCCUGCUGCAGAAGUCCUGCAGGACAGAAGCAGAAACGAGAGCAAGGCUGAAAAGGAGGAGUGGAAGCUGAGGCAGUUAAUAAAAGAAAAUGAAGAGAUGGUGGCUGAGACAGAAGGAGGUAGUCAGUGGGAGGGACGGAGAGAGCUGGAGGAAGGGGAGAGGCCCAGCAGCCGUAGCAACAGCGUCAGUUCAUCAGCGAGCCAGGAGGACGACGGGAGGAAAGAGGAGAAGAAGAAGAAACAAAAGAAGCACAAAAAGGAGAAGAGACGAGGCGCCCCGGAGCUGCUGGAGGAAGGCGAGCUGAAGAGACACAAACAUAAGAAGAAGACGUCGAAGAAGAGCAGAGAUGGAAGGGAAGAGAAGAGUAGCGGACAGGUGGAUGACCACCCCAUGCUUUGCUCUGUUAUGUUAUCUUGAUUCUCAUAGGUUAAAAACUUGAAUGAUGUUUUUCCUUUCUGUGUCCAAAAAGUGCCUGGAUUUCUGUUUUUCAACUUUAUUUUCCCAGGAUACUUUUGGUAUCAAUCUCAUAUCAAAUAUGCAGCCAAAAUGAAAGUGAAAAAAUUGUGAAGGAAAAGCACUUUAAACUAUAUAUAUAAGAAAAUGAAUGUGAAUGAAAGCUAAUGUUAAACAUUUGAGAGCUUGAAUUAUUUAAAGUUCGAGGAACUUGCACACGCUCUCAACUUGCUCAGGACUGCCACCAACUAUGGUUUAUAUAAUGAACCUGCGAUGUUACAGCUUACAAUCUGACAAGAGGUCAGUCAGUAAUUUGAUUUGCCUCACACAGAAGCAAAGGAGUGCAUUAUAGAGGAUUAUUGUGAUUCAUUUGAAACAUACUGUGAAUAUUUAUGAUUUGAACCUCUGUGUCGUAUUUUGUUUUUGUUUUUCAUUUUGUAAAUGUUUAAUUUAAAAAAAGUAACUGCUGGAUGGAUGAAUAAUUUAUCAGAGGAAAGUUUAGUUUUUCCUGUUUUGAAGGAAAUAAAAAUAAACAUCCAUGAAUGUU